UACUCGGCCCUCCUGACCAAAACGAACCGCAUCGCCAGGAUCUUCAGCGGGGUGAAGGAGGGGGUCCAGCGCCCCCGGUUCAUAAGCCCCACGUCACAGGUGGUCAUCUGCAUGGCCCUCAUCUCUUGCCAGCUCAUCAUCGUCAUCAUCUGGCUGCUGGUGGAGACCCCCGGCACAGGCAAGGAGACUGAGCCUGACAAGAGGUACAUCGUCACCCUCAAGUGCAACAACCGCGACUCCAACAUGCUCAUUUCGCUCACCUACAAUGUCCUCUUGAUUGUCCUCUGCACGGUCUAUGCCUUCAAGACACGGAAAUGCCCUGAAAACUUCAACGAGGCCAAGUUCAUUGGGUUCACCAUGUACACGACCUGCAUCAUCUGGCUGGCCUUCCUGCCCAUCUUCUACGUGACCUCCAGCGACUACCGUGUCCAGACCACCACCAUGUGCAUCUCGGUGAGCCUCAGCGGCACCGUGGUCCUCGGCUGCCUCUUCACCCCCAAGCUCCACAUCAUACUCUUCCAGCCGCAGAAGAAUGUGGCCAGUCACCGCGUGGGCACCGCUCGGUUCAGCGUGGCAGCUGCCAGCUCCAGCCAGUCCCAAGGCUCAGCCUCGCAGUACGUGCCCACGGUGUGCAAUGGUCGCGAGGUGGUGGACUCCACGACGUCGUCCUUGUGAAGGAUGGGAGGGCCAAGCUGUGGUGCUGCCACACGGCACCUCCCCAGGGAGAGCAGUGCCCACAGCAUGGCCCGACCGGGUGCCGAAUGCAGCCGGGAGGCUCAGCCCCUGCCCCAGCACGAGCUACACAUCCCACCUGUCGGGUCAUGGUACGUGUCACCCUUCCCUUGCACCGAGCCACGUUUACAUGUCCUCUGCACCCUGCACUGAGCCAUGGUGAACAUCCCCAACCCCUGCACUGAGCCACGGCGCAUGUCCCUCUGCGUCACCUGCACUGAGCCAUUGUGCUCCCCCACCCCCUGCACUGAGCCAUGGUGAAUGUCCCUCUGUCCCUUGCACUGAGCCGUAGUGCACAUUGCACGGACCUUGCACCGAGCUGUGGUGUGUGACCCCCAUUCCCUACACCACCUGUGGCACAAAUACCCCCUUCCCGUCCCUCGCACUGAGCCCUGGUGCACAACGUGACUCCCUCUCGCAAAGCCACAUUCCAACUCCCGCUUUUCUUGUGCCAAUCCACGCCGCACCUCCUGCUCCCUCCACGCCGAGCUCCAUGCUGGCACACACUGCCCACCACGCUUUCCCUGUCACCCUGUGCCAAGCUGUGCUCCACGUCACACUUUUCCUGGCGCUUCGUAGUUUCACUUUUCCUCCUGGUUUGGCCCCAGCAGAGCUGCUGAGCGUGGCCGGGCUGGGCCCAAGCCCCCCAUCGCUCCCCUCCCUGUGCGUGGCACUUCUCACCCCUUUAUGGGAGACGGGGCAGGAGCAGGGGCGGAUGAAUUCCCGCUGGCCCCCAGCCCCGGCAGAUCCCAGAGGGGCCGUUGGAGGCUCAGGGC